AUGACAGAAGCGUCUUACAUCAUCGUCGGGGUCACGGCAGUGAUUUCCUGCUUGGCAAUCUUUUGGGCCAAGUUCAGGAAUCAGGGCUCCGGUACUCGUCCAUUCCUUGCAGAGGAUAAAGUAGUCCUGGUGACCGGAGGAUUGAGUGGACUCGGACGCGAGAUCGCAGAGUUGUACCGGGUCCAAGGUGCCAAGGUAGCUAUCCUAGAUAUCAAAGAUGAGGCCAGCUUGCCAUGGGUACCCAAUACCAUGGCUAGCAAGUAUUACAAAUGCGACGUGUCGGACGGCAGCGAGGUUGAGGCGACCUUGAAAAAAAUCGGAGUUGCGCUAGGAAACCCCGACAUCCUUAUCAACUGUGCAGCGAUGCCAAUAAACAGACUUCCCUUCUGUGAGCUCCAAAGCGAGUCUUUCGCAAGAACAAUCCGCACAAAUUUGCUCGGGCCGGUAAACUUGACCCGUGCUGUUCUCCCACUGUUGAUGCAAAGUACGAAGCGUGGCAGUAUCGUCAAUAUCAGCUCGGUUGUGGCACACCUGUACCCAGCGGGUCUGUCUGAUUACGUCUCUAGCAAAGCGGCGCUCAGUGCCCUGCAUCACUGUCUCGAAGCAGAGGCUCGCUGGUUUGGGUACGAUAAGCAGGUCGACUUCUUCCUUGUGGAGGUUGGACAAAUGGAUACCCCGUUAUUCAGCUGGAUAAAGCCUCCGAACUCUUUGCUGGCGCCUGUACUUGAACCUAGAUAUGUUGCUGAGAAGGUUUUCGCGGCUGUGAGCUCUGGAGGUGGAAGGAUCAUCCGGCUGCCGAAGUACGCAGCCUGGGUGUGCGGGUAUGACAUGCUUCCUGUCCCUGUGCAGCGUUUCGCUAGGUACGUUAUGGGGGUUGAUGAGGCUUUGGAGAAUUAUAAAUAG